AGCAAGCGCGACUGCCUGGGCAGCGGGCGGACUCCCGCAGCUCGGGUUCGCGUCCCGCCUGCCCGGCUCCGCAGUCUCUCGGUCGCCAAAGUUCGGGGCCGUUGACUGCGAGGUUAGCCGGCGUUGGGUGUUGGCCAGGAAGAGACGGAUGGCCAGUGUUACGUCAUCUAGCAUUUUUGCGCCCACUCCACGAAGUCCCCAUCCGAUCGGCAGCUGUUCCCCGGGAUACGCGGCACCGAGUCUUUAAUCGCAUUGGACUCCUCGGGCCCCCUGGGCGGAGUGGAGGCGGGGGAGAGAGGCCGCCCUUGGGGAUUUUGGCGGGAUGUUGCGGGCAGCUCUCUCUCCGGCCGCCCUAGCGGCGGCCGGGCUUCACCUCUCCGACCGGCGACCGCCAGUGCCCGUGUCCCUGCCGCGAGGAUUGGGAGCGUGAGCUUGCGGGCCCGCCCGCGGGCCUGGAGGCCACGCACGCCGGGGACGCGGCGGUGUCGGCUCGCGGCCGGCUUCAGACAGACGAAGUCCUAGUUGUGCGGGAACCGGUACCUUUGAACGCACAGGCUGCACCUUGUUUUGCGAACUCUGGGCGUGUAGUGGCAGGGCAAUGGACUGCGUGAUGUCUCCCAGUUCAUGGUGGUCGUCUCAGUUACGUAGCAGCCGGCUGCACGAAGGCCCCCUACCGGGGCAGACCUCCCGAGCAACCUGUGGUCGGAAAGCCUCGGCCUUUGCUCAUGGAGCUUGGGCUGAGCGCGGGUGCCAGGCCGCCAGCCGCUGGCUCCCUUGAACGCAUCGCCCAUUGGUCUGACAUACCCCGCCAAACAGGAGAGGCCUGAUUCGAUUUAUUUCACAGGACACUUACACGUGGGUCUCACUGUCCUUCUACUUUUCAGUUAACAAGUUUACAAUCCCGGCUAAGCCAGAAGAGCCAACGCGGGAUCUUGCCGACCGAGCCCCCGGGCUUCCCGCCGAGAAGGCUGCCCAAACUCUGCGAGGCCUCAGCGUCACGGCUCUGCGUGCCUGACUCUCGUCGUGGACGCGUUCCCGCGCUUUCUGGCGCGAGGGUCAGAGGGCGCGCCGCCGCGCAAGCGCGCGGAGCCGAGGCUGCGGCGGCCAUGGGGGAGGCGGGAGGCGUUGAGGAGACCUGCCGGCAUAUGGGAACUAAAGAAGAAUUUGUUAAAGUCAGAAAGAAGGAUCUGGAACGACUGAUAACUGAAGUGAUGCAAAUACGGGACUUCUUACCCAGAAUACUAAACGGGGAAGUGCUGGAAAGCUUCCAGAAAUUAAAGAUUGUAGAAAAAAACCUGGAAAGGAAGGAGCAAGAGUUAGAGCAACUGAGAAUGGACUGUGAGCACUUCAAAGCCCGCCUGGAGUCUGUGCAAGAGGACAGCGUGAGAGAGAAGAAGGAGAAACUGGCUCUUCGACAGCAGCUGAAUGAAGCAAAGCAGCAACUCCUGCAGCAGGCAGAGUACUGUACAGAAAUGGGUGCAGCAGCCUGUACCAUUUUGUGGGGUGUCUCCAGCAGCGAGGAAGUGGUCAAAGCCAUUCUGGGAGGAGAUAAAGCUUUGAAGUUUUUCAACAUCACUGGUCAAACAAUGGAGAGUUUUGUGAAGUCACUGGAUGGGGAUGUCAAGGAGCUGGAUUCUGAUGAAAAUCAGUUUGUUUUUGCUUUGGCUGGAAUCGUAACAAAUGUAGCUGCCAUAGCAAGUGGUCGUGAAUUCCUGGUUAACUCAAGUCGGGUGCUCUUGGACACCAUACUGCAGCUUCUGGGAGACUUGAAGCCCGGACAGUGCACCAAACUCAAAGUAUUAAUGCUGAUGUCCCUGUACAACGUGAGCAUCAAUUUGAAAGGCUUGAAGUACAUUAGUGAGAGUCCAGGCUUCAUCCCUUUGUUGUGGUGGCUUCUGAGCGAUCCAGACACAGAGGUGUGUCUUCAUGUGCUGCGCCUUGUACAGUCUGUGGUUCUGGAGCCAGAAGUCUUCUCCAGGACGGCCUCGGAGUUCCGGAGUUCCCUGCCCCUGCAGCGCAUCCUGGCCAUGGCCAAGAGCCGCAACCCGCACCUGCAGGCCGUGGCCCAGGAGCUCCUGGAGGACCUGCGCACUCUGGAGCGUGAUGCAUAGGGGUGCUCAGCACCGGCGUCUUCUCCCUGGGUCCCCACUUUGUCUUCUAAAGCCACCAGCCGUGUGCAAUGUGUUACAGAUAGCAGAUGUGUUGCCUAGAGAUGGCUGUAUAUUGAGAUGUAUCUAUCUGACUUGCUCCUGGAAGUGAACGUGCUUGUGGGUGGUUGGUUAAUCUUGCCAGAGGUGAGCCUGAGAAAGGGUCCAUUCUUCCACGAAGACACACGUGAGCUGCAUCCGGAAGAGGGCCUUCUCAGAGCGACUCCUGCUGCCCAGGAGACCCUGAGACCUGUUGGUUCCCCACUAAAAGCAGAAGGUUGAAUAACCGCCUACCCCGUUGGUCAGCAUUUUCCUGAGAUACCUUUCUUGAAAAACAAUUCAUUCGCUCUCUAAUAAUUAUAAUUAAUUCCUCCCCCCAGUUCAAGUUUACCUUUAUAUCUUUCGGUGAACCUGCUAUUUCAGAUGAUAUUGGACAUUUUAGUUCUAUAUUUUUGUGCCUCUUUCAUUUCUGAGUAAAGAAAGUCAGAAGAAUCAUUGGUGUGCUACAACUAUUGUUUUCUGAAAUAUUAUCAACUUGAUGUUAGGAAAGUAUAUAUUACAAUGCAUACACGUGGUUGGUGGAAAAAUCUCUCCUUACAUUGUUCUGGGUCCUUUGGCUAUAAGCUCAGGAGUCCAGUUUUUCAUAUAACAGUAUCAUGACAAGGGCCUCAUACAUUAGAGCACAUGCAGCUGCUUGGAAUUCUUUAAACAAUGUGCACGGGCAUGUGUACCAGGUCCCCUCACCAUGUGUCCUUCUCAACUGCAGAGAACAGAGGAGGAUGUGCUCCACUUCUCACAGGUGUCACGACGUGUGAGUGCGGCUCCGUCCCUGGCACUCCUUAGGGUCACAGCAGCGCGUGCUGUGUCCCUCAGGAUGACGCUGCAGGCCCGUGGUCUCUGGGCAUCCUGUAGGAGCAAAAACACUUGCAGGCGUCCCAUACACAUUUGUAUGCUGUUUCUGCUGUGCGUGGCAGUUUGGAAUAACUUCAUGUUUCUUUUAUAGGCAAUGUGCAGUUUAUGGCUGAGGCUGAAUGAAGGCGCUUACAGGAAGGCACAGUUGCUUGAAUUUCACGAGCCGACAUAUUGUGGAACCUGGCUCAUCAGAACCAGAGAAAUGUUGUAAAAGGCAGUUUAAAAUUCACGGAGGCAGAAAUUGGUCCAUCUGUGCUGUGUGGCUCUGUAGGUCCUGUUGACUGGCAAAUAAAAUUGAGGGCGUUGUGUUUUUGUUCUUUUCUAGCAUAGUAUCAUUUUCAUUUUGGUUAUUUGUUUGAUAAGGUAACAGGAGAUAAACUAGUAUAAUUAGUUGUGCUGCCUCUAGAAAUGCAGGGUCUUUUUCCUGCCAAAGAUGGGAUCAGUGGCAUAUAGAGAAAAAUGAAACCGGGCCAAACCCAUGAAUGUUGCAUAGUUUAGGUAAUUAGUAGAUGGAUGUGAUUAAGAAGGAUAUGUUUUUUUUCCUCCUAAUUUUAAAGUGCUAAGGAUAGCAAGAGUUCUUAUGAAAACUCCUUAAGCAAGAAACAUAUGUCAUGUAUAUGGAAUCUAAAAAAAAUGGUUCUGAAGAAGCUAGGGGCAGGACAGGAAUAAAGGUGCAGAUGUAGAAAAUGGACUCGAGGACAUAGGGAAGGGGAAGGGUAAGCUGGGACAAAGUGAGAGAGUAGCACUGACAUAUAAACACUACCAAAUG